AUGGCAUUUGAUCGAUUCUUUGCUGUUGUGUAUCCUUUUCGAAGUAGCAUUUGGUUCAGGAAGCCUAAGAUCAUUACGCUAGUUGUCUGGAUCUCAUCCAUAGCCUUAAUGUCAGUCGUGCCAGUUGCCUUGAAACCUGUGAAUGGUGUCUGCUUCUUUGAUGAUACUGUUAUAUCGCCUCUGGCCUUUUGGAGUCUCAUCCUUGUUAUCGACUACCUGCCUCUAGCCAUCAUCUUCAUCCUCUACAUCAUAGUUGCUGGAAAACUGUGGCUCCACGAAAUACCUGCGGAUGAUGAAGUACCUGUGCUGUACACCAACGACAACAGGAAAUCCCCAAGAAAAAAGUCAUCCGAAUGCUCAUCGUUGUGGUGGUGUUUGCAGUCUGUUGGCUUCCAAUGCAUGUGUAUCAGAUGGGCCAUUACGUAA